AUGGUCACAGUGGUUUUGUCGGGGGUUGACGCCGUCGAGGCAGUAGUAAAAACCUUCUUCGCCGCCACACUUGGUGGCUGGUACGUUGUUCGUCUUCAGCGUAGCGAAGGCGCCCCCCAAGGUAUUCACAGCCAGCAUCUCCACUACUCCUUCUUCCACCAAGCUGCUGCUGCUGCUGCUGUUGUGGCUCCGCCGCAGUGCUGA